AUGUCUGACAUCUCCGGAUUCAUCGCCGCCCUCGAGGCCGCCCAGAGCAAGACCAAGUUCACCGCCGAGGUUCAGAACGCCGCUGCCGGCAUUGACAUUGCCGCCCUCAAGGCUGCAUACGAGGCUGCCCUCGCCAUGGGCGAGACCGACACCAUCGCCGAUGAGGCCCAGAAGACCGCUCUCGAGAAGGGUUUCGAGUUCGCCGCCAAGGUCGUUAUGAUGCUCAAGACUGCCCCUGGUCCCUUCGAGAAGAAGGAUCUCUACGUCAACUUCAAGGUUGCUAAGGGCGAGGUCCUCGAGAAGCCUGGCAUGUUUGAUAUGGUGAAGAAGCAGCUCUACGGCGCUUGGGAGGCUGUCAAGCACUACUCCCCCCAGAAGGCCCAGGCCCUUUACAUCAAGCAUGUUAACGAGUUCAUCGGCAAGUACGGCACCCGCGACGAGUAA